AUUCUGUGUAACGAAUACAGUCGAAUGUUGGAAGUCAAGUCUGUCAUCUUUAUUUUGAUUUCAAAAUCAUAGCAAGUAAACAGCAAAUAAUUUUUUUUACAAAAUGCGUACAUUUUUGUUAUUUUUGAAUAUUGCGGUAGCCGUUAAUGUUAUCCAUGGAUCAUUUAUGAAUCCUUAUCCUCGAUUGAAAUCGUAUAAUGAUGGCGGCAACCCUGGGGAUGCACUGUAUUUGACGAAAUAUAUUGAAAAUGGGGAGAUUGAUAAGGCACGUAAUUUGGCAUUAGUCAAUCAUCCUGAAAUGGAAAUAACAAAUUAUGCUGGAUAUUUUACCGUCAACAAAGAGUACAAUUCCAAUAUGUUUUUCUGGUUUUUCCCCGCUAAAGUGAAUACGGACAACGCUCCCGUUCUUUUAUGGCUUCAAGGUGGACCUGGUGCUUCAUCUUUAUUUGGACUAUUCGCUGAAAAUGGUCCAUACAGCGUUGGCCCAAAACUAAAAUUAAUUUCGCGAACAUAUUCAUGGCAUCUAAACCACAAUCUGAUUUACAUCGAUAACCCGGUUGGUACGGGAUUUAGUUUCACUGAUUCGGACGAUGGAUAUGCAAAAAAUGAAAAAGAUGUGGGUGAAAACUUGUUACGAGCUUUACAACAAUUCUUCUUGCUAUUUCCAAAUCUUCAAAAGAAUGCAUUUUUUGCAGCGGGAGAAUCCUAUGCAGGAAAAUACGUUCCAGCUAUCGGAUAUGCCAUUUAUCAAGACAGCAAGCGUGAAGAUAACGAUCCACAAAAACCAAAAAUCAACUUCAAAGGUCUUGCUAUCGGUAACGGAUUUACUGAUCCUAUUCAUCAAGCAAACUAUGGUGACUAUUUGUAUCAAUUGGGAUUGAUCGAUUCAAAUGGACAUGCACAAUUUAUGCAGUAUCAAAAUCAGGGCAUCGAUUGCAUUAAAAAUCGUGACUUUGCUUGCGCUUUUGAUGUUUUCGAUAAACUACUUGAUGGGGAUCAAUAUCCUCAAGGGUCAUUGUUUAAAAAUUUGACCGGAUUCAAUAAUUACUUCAAUUAUCUAAUAACCAAUGGAGAUGAUAAUAAUGCAAUAGGAAAUUUUCUACAGAAAGCAGUAACACGUCGUUCCAUUCACGUUGGAAAUAAUACGUUCCAUGUUGAUAAUAAAGUUGAAGAUUUUUUGAGACUUGAUGAGAUGGACAGCGUUGCUGAUUGGGUGGCCGAGUUACUUUCAUAUUAUCCAAUUUUGGUAUACAAUGGGCAGUUGGACAUAAUUUGUGCAUUCCCUAUGACGGAAAACUACUUGAAGAAUCUCAAUUUCAGUGGUGCCGAAAAAUAUAAAACAGCCAAGCGUUACAUUUGGCGUGUGGAUAAUGAAGUUGCCGGUUAUGUGAAACAUGCAGGCAAUUUAACAGAGGUUUUGGUUCGUAAUGCCGGUCAUAUGGUUCCGGCAGAUCAACCAAAGUGGGCACUUGAUAUGCUUCUACAUUUCACCCAUCACAGCUAUUGAGCAUUUUCUGUUGGAUCUGAGUCAUUCCCAAUUAAAAAAAAAAGAUAUGAAACAAUUGCAAUUUAAUUGAAAUAUUCAUUUUUGGAGGCGAUUAGUCGAUGUAUAUCAACAGAACUUUUCAACAAAGGAAUCAUUUGAAGAAAUAUCAAAAUUAUUAUCAUCACAGUUGCCAAACUUACAUUUAUAUAAAAUCACAUUUCUUUCAAUUUCGUUCCUCAUGGCUAUUAUCGUUGCGGUUAACAUUUUCCUUACAAA